AUGGCGGGUUUCAGUCGGCGGGCUCAACUUCCUCCUUUUCUCGCUCUUCUUCUUCUUCCUCUGGGGACCGUUGGGCUACUCUCAUUGACUGCCAGCGUGCUCGAGGUCGAUCUGACGGUCCUGCAGAGCGCCACCAAGAGAGGAGCAGGCAUGGCGGCUAAAUUCUCCCUCUAUCUAAGACGCUUUAGAUCGCUCUCUCUCUCUCUCUCUCUCACAAGAGCUUCCUACUCCAUGGAUCUCAAUGGCAGUGUGCCUGGACGGCAGCCCCCCUGCGUACCAUUUCUCGGGCGGAUUCGGCUCAGGCGAGGGCAGCUGGUUAGUCCACAUCGAGGUCAGGCCAUCUCAAUAAAAACAGUUUGAUUGUUUUUAUUCACUUUUGUUACGCGGAGCAGUAUUUUUUUGGUUUUGACUCUUUAUGCGAGAGCCCACGUGUGGUACCUUUUUCGUUCAAUAUCUGGCCAGAUCACCCUGCAAGUAACAUUCUCACAGAGAGAGCGAGAGAACAGAAGGGAAUAUCCAGAGGGAGUGUGACCGGGAAGGAAGAUGUGGAGAGAACGUUAUUGAUCGGCAGGGAAUGUGAAUUGAGAGCGAGAGAGAGAGAGAGAGCGGCAAGGGAGAUGUAGAGAAGGGAGACGUGUGGCGAAGUAGUCGCGGAGAGAGAGAAAUAAAUGACGGAGAAAGGGGUCCCCUGAUGAGUGGUGGCGGCAACUUGAAAAAGGUGCUAUACUGCAAGAGGUGGCGUCAGAGGUUUUCCACUACAAGGAUGCUAUCUUGCGAUAUUUAAUGACCUUGGUCUUCGUCUUGAUGGUGGCCAGGGGGGAGGAUGGUGCCACAACGUGACGAACUGCCUCUCCCGCAUGAAGGGAAAGCUCGGUUCCUCCAGGGCCAUGGGCGCUGUCCGUUUCUCUGGCAUCUUGAACGAUCAUGGAGAGCUCAAUCCUUGUACGAACCUCCCGACCGGCACUCCCCUCCUUCCUCUCCUCCCGGCGAUUCUCACCCGGUUAACGCGUGCAGACUUCUACAACUGGAACAAGGUCAAGGUCGGCUACUGCGACGGCUCCUCCUUCACCGGCGAUGUCGAUAGAGUCGACCCUGUGAGCACUAACCCGCCCGCCCGCCCCUCAUCUUUCCCGCACUAACCCUCCCUCUCUCUCUCUACGGAUUCUUCUCUCCCUCUCUCUGAGUAUUUCUCUUUCUUUCUCUUUCUCUGCGUAUUCCUCUCUCUGACGAUGCGGUUAUGGUCUUCCCCGCCGGCAAGGCGACUAACCUUCACUACCGGGGGGCGAGGAUCUUCGAUGCGGUGAUGGAAGAUCUACUGGCGAAGGGGAUGAAGAACGCUACGAACGUACAGCCCUCCUUUCGGUAUCCCUUCAACCUUUACUGAGAAUGGAAAAGAUAUUAACGAGUGAAAUCGAACAGGCUCUCCUCUCCGGCUGCUCCGCCGGCGGGCUAACGUCGGUGCUGCACUGCGACCGCUUCCGAGCUCUUCUCCCCGCGGACGCCCGAGUCAAAUGCCUCACUGACGGCGGCUACUUCGUCAACGCGUAUGAACCCUAACCUGUUGUGGUUGGUUCCCUCAUCCCGCUGCAUCGAUCCGCUUACAUGACUCUUGUUGUUGCAGGAAGGAUAUCUCCGGGAUCGAGUACGUCAGAGCCUACUUCAACAGCAUCGUAGAGACUCAUGUAUGCGCAUCAAUAGCAUGGUUCCAUCAUAAUCAUCACAUAUUCUGUUGUUGAUAGGGUUCUAACGUGGGCGGCGUUUAUUUCCCAGGGUUCCGCGAAGAAUCUUCCGCCGUCCUGUACCUUGAGGAUGAGCCCGGGCAUGGUCAGGGCAAAGAAGAGUCUCUCCCGAUAAAGCUUCCUGUGUCUAUCUCACCCAUGAAAUCUUCUCGUGCAGUGUUUCUUCCCGCAGUACGUGGCUCCGCGCAUUCUUACACCACUGUUCAUCCUCAAUGCGGCCUAUGACUCGUGGCAGGUGCCGUAGAAAACCUUGUCGUCGUCUUCGUCUUCGACUUCUUCUUCUUCCGAUUCCUCCCUUUUUAUGCGCGAUCCUCGCCUCUGACAUUAGUUUAUCUGGUGCGUUUUACAGAUCAGGAACAUCCUGGUUCCAUUGCCGUCUGACCGUGAAGGCACCUGGAAGGACUGCAGAGCAGACAUUACGAAGUGCAACACGAAGCAAAUAGAAGGCAUGCAAGGUACCCGCUCUCCCCCGUUGCUCCCUCUCCACACAUCAGCCUAUGCAUUUAUAAAUAUACAGAUUAACUCAACUUCCCCUCCAUCGCUAUAUACCAAUCUAUCUAUCUAUAUAAUUGUCUCCUCCCCCAUUUCUCUCCCUCUCACUCAUCAGUCUUUCUGAUUCUCCAUUAUUUUAAGUACGACUGAGAGAGAUGAAUCUAAUUCCCCUGGUUCACCAUUGCCAGUGUUCAGGCAGGAGUUCCUGAAGGACUUGGGCAGAACAAUCGCUAGCGACCCUUCCAAUGGCUUCUUCAUCAAUUCCUGCUUCGCUCACUGCCAGACGGAGCUUACUGCGACCUGGAAGUUCUCCAACUCCCCAGUCCUCGGAAACACAGUAGCCUUCUCUCUCUCUCUCUCUCUCUCUCUCUCUCUCUCUCUGACGUGAAAUAUAAUACCCAGUUAGACAGUUGCAGAGGCGGUGGGACUGUGGUUCUACGAUCUGCGAGACUUCAAGGAGAUCGACUGUCCAUACCCCUGCGACUCUUCCUGCUACAACAACAAAUACGAGUCUCAGGAUGGCUUAGAAGACAACGAUAUUCCAUAA